AUGGCCGCGAUGGACACCGAUGAGCUCCCAGUCGUCUUGCCCUCCUCUACCACCUCCGCCCUGUCCCUUUCCCUCCACCCCUUGCCCAUCCUCAACAUCUCCGAGCACCUCACCCGACUACGGCUCCAGACAAAGAACCAGGUCCCUUUCGUCCUCGGCGCCCUCCUCGGCACCCAGAAUGGCCGAGACGUCGAGAUCGUCAACAGCUUCGAGCUUGCCGUCGAGGACGACGGCCUCUCCGUCGACCAGGGUUUCCUAGUCGCCCGAAAGGAGCAAUACAAACAAGUCUUCCCCUCCCUCGAGUUCAUCGGCUGGUACACCGUGGCGGAGCGUCCCACACCACGACACAUCGCCCUCCAUGAACAGUUCACCCUGUACAGCUCCACGCCACUCCUCCUCAUCAUGCAGCCCUCGACGGUCUUCGCCGCCGCCUCAGACACCUCCGGACAGUCCCUCCCGCUCAAGGCCUACGAGCCCACCAUCGAGAUCCGCGAUCGCAAAUCCCGCUCCGUCUUCCUCGAGGCGACAUACUCCGUCGAGACCGGCGAGGCAGAGCGCAUCGCGGUGGAUUGGACAGCCAAGGGCGGAGAGGGAGGCACGAGCCUGGAGUCCCAUUUGUCCACGCAGCGCGCAGCAGUGAAGAUGCUCCACGACCGUAUCAUGCUCCUCACGCGAUACGUUUCGGAGGUCAUCGCAGGCACUGCGAAGAAAGACCACGCCACCCUCCGCGCGCUGUCCGCCCUCAUCGCCUCGCUGCCCGCAAGCGAGAACAAGGGCUUCCGCGACGAGUUCGACACCGAAUACGAGGACGUGCAGCUCACCGCGUACCUCGCGACGCUCACAAAGUCGUCCAACAUCCUGAACGAGCUCGUCGACCGGCACGCCGUCCUGACCGCAAGCCGGGAGGACCGCGGAGGUGGCUCCAGACGACGGGGCAUGAUGGGUCGCCCGUCCGACUUCGAUCGCUUCCACUAGGACAAGCCCGCUCACUCCGGCCCCCUUCGCGUAGUCUCUGUUGUCUGUAUCGUCACGCCCUGCGAGAUCCCACGAACGUGUAUCAUGUUGUGUAUUAGCCAUCGUACGUUGUCGCGCAUGCUCAAAUGUAUCUGACGUUCCCGCUUUGG